AUUACAAGUAUUAUUACAUAUUACAAGUAUUUCCUUGAUAUGAUCUAAGAUAGUAGCAAUAGCUAUUGAUCAUAAUUGAGAAUUAACUAUUAAUAUUUAAGGUAUAGAAAAGUAAAUAAAAGAUCAUCAAACGAAAGUAAUAAAAAUAUAUCGUGUAAUUUCCACGUUCAUACGAUCGAACGUCGUCGUUACUACUAGAAAUGGGUAAAUCAUCGAAGGACAAACGCGACAUAUACUACCGGCUAGCCAAGGAACAAGGCUGGCGGGCUCGUAGUGCAUUUAAACUGAUGCAAAUUGACGAGCAGUUUAAUAUAUUGGAUGGUGUGAGUCGAGUGGUGGACUUGUGCGCGGCGCCUGGUAGUUGGAGUCAAGUACUGAGCAAGAAGUUGUAUGAGAACAAAUCGGACGGCGAGCGAGAUGACGUGAAAAUCGUGGCCGUGGACCUGCAGUCGAUGGCACCGUUGCCGGGUGUUAUACAGCUCAAGGGUGAUAUUACCAAGGAGAGUACGGCCAGCGAAAUACUGUCCCAGUUUGGCGAGAAGCUCGUCGAUUUAGUUGUGUUUGACGGCGCACCUGACGUGACUGGGCUACAUGAUCUGGAUGAGUACAUCCAGGCACAGUUACUGUUAGCUGCGAUGAACAUUACCACUUAUCUGCUGAAACCUAAGGGCACGUUCGUUGGGAAAAUUUUCCGCGGUAAGGAUGUAUCUAUAUUGAUGGCUCAGUUAGAAAUAUUUUUUGACACCGUUACUGUCACCAAGCCAUGCAGCUCUCGUAAUUCAAGCAUUGAGUCAUUUGUCGUGUGCUGCGGUUUCCAGUUGCCUGACGGGUACACUCCCACUAUGGCCAACCCCCUAAUGACCUGCAAUGAUGCGUGGCCGUGGGACGAGAUGAACAUGCACCCUGUCAUCACUCCAUUUGUGGCGUGUGGGAGUCUGAGCGGAUUUGAUGACAAUAUGACAUAUUCAUUAAAAAUUGAUGAACUUGAAUAUACACAGAGGGAAACUAUACAGGAGGUAACAUCAACGUCAUUUAAAAAUACAAACCUUUGAUCACCACAAAAAACAAAAUUGUCAGUUCAAUGACAAUAGAUGAAACUAUUGUUAAUAAACAGCAAAUGAAAUCUGACUGAUAAUAUCAUUUACUUGCACAAUGUGUUAAUUAUUAAUUUAUGUACAUUUUAAAAAAUAAAGUUGUAUAAUAUGU